AUGAGUUUCCCAGAGCAAAUUAGAAAUCAACUUGAAAGUUUAGCCGGAACAUCAGACAUUUCUAAAUACAUGAAAGUAAAGAAGUGUGUUGUGAAUGGCAAAACUAUUUACAGCAAAAGUUGCAUGAAAGUAAAAUCAAGGAACUCCUACACUGUUCUUGUUAGUGAUACUAGUAACUCUGCAAGAUACAUUGAAAUACAGUAUUUCAUCAUUGAAACAUCAACAGGGAAGGUAUAUGCCAUUGGGAAGGAGUUAGCUAUCACCAGUCAUGUCCUUCAAGCAAAUGCACCCCAUCUAAAAGUCGUAGAAGUAACCAGAGAGGAAAAGGUUGAGAAGGCUACCAAUAUACAGUCAAUCCUGGUCAGCUUUACUGUGAAUGAUCAUCACAUCAUAUCUGACAUUCCAAAUAGUGUUGAAGGUGACUGA